UUCACCUUUAAAAGCACCACCUCCACCACCACCCACCCACCCAUCACAGCUUAGAGAAUUUCUCAUUCUCUUGAAACUAACAACCAUGACGUUCAAUUUGACCUCUGUGAAAACCUCAUCAAAUGGAGUAUGGCAAGGCGAUAAUCCUCUCGACUACGCCUUCCCACUCCUCAUCAUCCAAAUCACUCUGGUUCUCGUCGUUGGCCGCUCCUUAGCUUUCCUCUUCAAACCUCUCCGACAACCCAACGUCAUUGCAGAGAUUGUCGGAGGAAUCUUGUUGGGACCGUCAGCUCUUGGUCGGAACAAAACUUACCUACAUAGAAUCUUUCCUUCAUGGAGUACACCUAUACUUGAAUCCGUAGCAAGCAUCGGACUUUUAUUUUUUCUAUUCCUCGUUGGUCUCGAGCUUGAUUUAAAAUCAAUACGAAGAAGUGGGAGAAGAGCUUUCGGAAUCGCCGCCGCCGGAAUCACCUUACCAUUCAUAUCCGGUAUUGGAGUUGCUUAUAUUCUUCGUACAACCGUCCAAGGAGCGAAAGAAGCUGGUUACCCUCAAUUCCUUGUCUUCAUGGGUGUGUCUCUGUCCAUCACUGCCUUCCCUGUUCUAGCCCGCAUUUUAGCCGAACUUAAACUUCUCACCACCCAAGUGGGAGAGACUGCCAUGGCUGCGGCGGCGUUUAAUGACUUGGCGGCCUGGGUUUUAUUAGCUUUGGCCGUGGCUCUGGCAGGGAACGGAAGUAGUGGUGAAGCACAUAAGAGGAGUCCAGUGGUGUGUGUUUGGGUGCUCUUGUCUGGGGUUGCCUUUGUGGUGUUCAUGUUGAUGGUGAUCCGACCGGUGAUGACGUGGGUAGGUAGGCGGUGUUCGCCGGAGAUAGAUGCCGGCGACGAAGUGUAUAUUUUCUUGACAUUAGGAGGUGUUCUUGUGUGUGGGUUCAUGACGGAUCUGAUAGGGAUACACUCUAUAUUUGGGGCGUUUGUGUUUGGGUUGACGAUACCUAAAGAAGGUGAGUUUGCGAGGAGGUUAAUAGAGAGGAUAGAGGAUUUCGUGUCGGGGCUUUUGCUUCCGCUCUACUUUGCUUCCAGUGGGCUUAAGACUGACGUGACGAAGAUGCAUGGAGCAGAGGCUUGGGGUUUACUGGUUCUCGUCAUUGCCACUGCUUGUGCUGGGAAGAUUCUGGGUACCUUCUUUGCUGCCAUGAUCAAUAGGAUACCAGCUAGGGAAUCGUUGACGCUUGGUGUGCUUAUGAACACUAAAGGCUUGGUGGAGCUUAUUGUUCUUAAUAUUGGCAAGGAGAAGAAGGUUCUCAACGACGAGAUAUUUGCAAUCCUAGUACUAAUGGCACUCUUCACCACAUUCGUGACGACUCCAAUUGUGAUAGCUCUCUACAAACCAGCUCGCGAAGCUAUACUCCCAACCCAACGCAAGCUUCAACGCGAAUCCCCUUCCAACCCCAAAGACGAGCUACGCAUCCUUGCUUGCGUCCAUGGCCCUGGCAACGUUCCAUCACUCAUCAACCUCAUCGAGUCGACUCGUGGCAACAACAAAUCCCCACUCAAGCUUUAUAUCAUGCACCUGGUGGAACUCACCGAACGCACCUCCUCAAUCAUUAUGGCUCAACGCGCCCUCAGGAAUGGCUUCCCUUUCAUCGAUCGCCUCCACAAAGGAGACUCUCAUGACGGCGGCAUCACCGUGGCCUUCGAGGCUUACGGUCAACUCGGCCGUGUCCUAGUCCGGACCGUGACGGCCAUAUCUGCAUUACAUACCAUGCAUGAGGAUGUCUGCCACGUGGUGGAAGAGAAGAAGGUGAGUAUGGUGAUCCUUCCUUUCCACAAGCAUGGGAGAGGUGAUGGUUCUUGUGAGAUGGACAAUGUGGGCCAUAGCUGGAGGAUGGUCAACCAGAGAAUCCUCAAGGAGUCUCCCUGCUCUGUGGCUGUGCUGGUGGAUCGUGGCCUUGGUGGUGGUGCUGGGCCCAAGCGGAAUACACCUUCAGCCAGUGCCACCGUGGCACAAGGGAUCUGCAUCGUUUUCUUUGGUGGCCCCGACGAUCGUGAGGCCUUGGAGUUGGGAGGAAGAAUGGCGGAGCAUCCAGGGGUGAGGGUCACAGUGAUCCGAUUCAUGGAAGAGCAAGGGGCGCCGCCGCCCAACGGAAACAUUAUUAUGCUGCAGCCGACUCCGGAAAAGUGCUCGGAGAAGAACUACAGCUUCUCGACCGCCGUGAUGGAUAGAGAGUCGGAAAAGGAGUUGGAUGAAAUGGCUGUGGCGGAGUUCCGGAGGAGGUGGGAAGGGAUGGCGGAGUACACAGAGAAGAUGGCGAGCAAUAAUAAUAAUAUAGUGGAAGGGGUGGUGGCGAUCGGGAGGAGUGGACAGUACGAAUUGAUCGUAGUAGGGAAGGGUAGGUUUCCGUCGACGAUGGUGGCGGAUCUGGCGGAGAGAUCGGCGGAGCACCCGGAGUUGGGUCCAAUCGGUGAUGUGCUGGCGUCGUCGAGUCAUGGGGUGGUGUCGUCGGUGCUGGUUAUACAGCAACACGACGUGGUCCACGCCAACGAAACUCCUGUCUGCAAGAUCGUCGACGGUGGUGAUUACGUCACAAACACAGCCAAUUCCUCCACUACUGCUAAUGCUAACGGCGGCGCAAACAUCAUCACUGCGGUGGAUUCUGUGUGA